AGACCUGGCAGUGUGGCGUGGGCACGUUUGGGAUACAUUUGAAAUUAAUACGUUUUGUAUUGGUUUGUGUGUCUGUAAUGUGGUGUUUGUUUUGAAGAAAAGUUUCUGAUGAGAUUGAAAUGUAGUAUGAAGUUUAGGAAUAGAUGCUAAGUAUAGUGGGCAAUGAUCAGUCAAUAUGUCACCGGUAACGAGUUCAGCUAAAUCAAAAGUAAUGAAAAACUCUCAUUUUCAUUCAGAGCAAUCCACAAAUACAGAAGACUCAGGGGAUGACGCGGAUGAAACAUCAAGUGUAGGAAGUACUUCAACCACAGAUAACACAUCACGCAGUGAAACUCCUACCAAUAGAGGUAGAAAAGGUCGACGUGGUAGGAAGAAAAUUCAACAAAAAAUUAACAAUAUGAAACUUCAGUACAAAUUUUCGACAAGUGUAAAGGAAGACCAUGGUCAGCCUCUAUUUGGAGCUCAGUUUAACCAUCAUUUAAAGGAAGGACAGCCUUUAAUAUUUGCAGCUGUGGGAAGCAACCGUGUGACAGUUUAUGAAUGUCCAGAAGGCAGUGGCAUUAAGCUGUUGCAGUGUUACGCAGAUCCUGAUGUCGAUGAAAAUUAUUACACUUGUGCCUGGUCAUAUGAGGAAGAGUCUGGGAAACCAUUACUUGCAGUUGCUGGAUCUAGGGGCAUUAUUAGAAUAUUUAGUCCCGCCACACUGUCAUGUAUACGGCAUUAUAUCGGUCAUGGACACGCAAUAAAUGAGUUAAAGUUUCAUCCUAAAGAUCCUAAUCUCCUGUUGUCAGUAUCUAAGGAUCAUGCCUUAAGAUUGUGGAAUAUUAAAACAGAUGUGUGCAUUGCUAUUUUUGGGGGCGUAGAAGGUCACAGAGAUGAAGUAUUAAGUGCGGAUUUUGAUUUGUUAGGUGAGCGCAUAAUGUCAUGUGGUAUGGACCAUUCCUUAAAACUGUGGCGUUUAGAUAAAGACAGCAUGCGUGAAGCCGUCAGGAAUUCAUAUCUUUUCAAUUCAGCAAGGAGCCUGAGACCAUUUGACUCCCUAAAGGAGCAUUUUCCAGAUUUCUCAACUAGAGAUAUCCACCGCAAUUAUGUUGAUUGUGUUAGAUGGCUGGGAGAUUUUGUUUUGUCAAAGUCAUGUGAAAACUGUAUUGUCUGUUGGAAACCUGGGAGGCUAGAAGAUAAAGAAUUGAAAACUAAUGACACAAAUGUUACAAUUAUUCAUCGUUUUGAGUACCGUGAGUGUGAAAUAUGGUUUGUCAGAUUCGCCAUGGACUUUUGGCAAAAGAUUCUGGCACUGGGAAACCAAGUAGGGAAAACUUUUGUUUGGGAUCUGGAUGUAUCAGAUCCUAGCCAGUCACGCUGUACAGCACUAACACAUCCUCGAUGUGUUGCUGCAAUCCGACAAACUAGUCUUAGCCGUGAUGGCUCAGUUUUGCUGUGUGUGUGUGAUGAUGGUACCAUAUGGAGAUGGGACCGUAUCCCGGUCUGACAAGAUCUAGAGGACAUGUAAACCUUUUGCAAGCAAAUGGCAGCAUUUCAGGCAGCAACUUGUCACUUAACAUUUAUAGAAGAAAAGGCUCUGUGUCAUUUAAUUACUGAAACAUUCUCGGGAAAUCACAUUUUGAAUAGCUGCCUGCAGUACUUGAGUGUUAGCAAACAAGGUGCUAAUGGACAGGAGUGAAUUGUUGUUACAGGAAGUGUGUGUUUGUGGAUUGAAAUUUCGGUCUAAUGUGGAACUGGAUGAAAGAGCUCCACUUCAACUCUUUCUGUGACUGGGAAACUUAAAUUUUGCUGUAGUGAGUAGACAACAUUGUUUUUACAUGUACACAGAACAGCUCUUAUAUCUUCAUAAACCCGUGUGCGUAUACGUCUGUCUGUCUGUCUGUCUGUGUGUGUGUGUGUGUGUGUGUGUGUGUGUGUGUGUUAGAAGAGGCACAACAACCAUGUAUUUAAGGUCCAAAGAAAUAAAUGAUUGUAUUCAUGAGAAAUAAUAAUGCCAGGCUAAUAUAAGAAUUUUUUAGAAAGAAUUUACCAAUGAGUGCUUGAUUUUUACUUGAUGUAUUUACAUUGCCACCCAUGUGGUGGCUACUAAUGUCUUUUGUAAUAAAAGAAAAUAUUCUUACUGACUGAA